GAGGCGCUGGAGGAAUCGCACCUUGAGAGGGAUGUGCUGAAGGAAGAGAAGCAUGAGCUUAGAGUGGCCCUGGAGAAGCUGGAGCAAGAGAAUGAGGCUCUGUUGUGUAAAGUGGAUGAGAUGGAGAGAGCAAAGAUCUCUGCCCAGGAGAAGCUGAGCUUGUGUGAAAGAACAAAGAGCGAGCUCUGUGCAGAGAAAGGCCACCUGGAGCAGCUGCUGAAGAAAGCAGAGGAGCAACAAGAGGAGCUGCGGGUAGAGCUGGGGGUCCUGGCAGAGGAGAAGGAAGAAGCCCAAGAGAAACUCCUUGAGGUUUCCCGCCAGCAAGAGUCGUCUCGCAGUGGCCUGGAGCAGUUGCGCCAGGAGUCCUCUCGCCAAGGGCACGCGCUGGCCGAGGUGUGCGCAGAGAAGGAGUUGCUGGUGCGGGAGAAGGCUGCCCUGGAGGUGCGACUGGCAGCCCUGGAGCGGGAGAGACGAGGCCUUUCGGAGCAGCUGGCAGAGGCCAGGUCAGGGAAGGAGACCCUGGAAUGCAGCCUGUUGGAGGCUCAGCAGCACUUGUCUGAGCUGGAGAUCAGCAGGAGUCAUCUCGAAACCCAGCUCCACGCGGUGGCGCAGGCCAAGGAGGUGAUCCAAGGUGAGAGCCUCCCGUUUCUGGUGACCCCGUGCCUGGGGAAGGUGGUAUGA